GGCUACUGUUACUUCAGAAUCAGAAUUCCAACACAUGCUCCGUGUUUGUAACACCAAUCUUGAUGGUCGUAGAAAAGUUCCAUAUGCUCUCACUGGAAUUAAGGGAUGUGGAAGAAGAUAUGCUUACCUUGUUUGUAAAAGAGCUGGUAUUGAUGUCAAUAAGAGAGCUGGUCUUAUGACACCAGCAGAAAUUGAAAAGAUUGUUGAUAUUCUUAACAAUCCACUUAACUAUAAAAUCCCAGUUUGGUUCUUGAACAGACAAAAAGAUAAUAAAGAUGGUAAAGAUUCUCAACUUAUUGCUAAUGCUGUUGAAACUAGACUUAGAGAAGAUAUUGAAGCUCUUAAGAAAAUGAGAGCACAUAGAGGUCUUAGACAUUACUGGGGAUUGAGAGUUAGAGGUCAACAUACUAAGACCACUGGAAGAAGAGGAAGAACUGUUGGAGUUUCCAGAACUAAAGGAGCUUAA